GGUGAGGCGAAGGUAUUCACUCUGCUAGAAGGCUUGGACUCGGUGCCAGAAGAUGCUGAGGUGUUCAUUGUUCUGGAAGGCUCCACGCUUGUCCAUGUAACCCAGGCUCAGAGUGAUGUCAUGCUCUGCUUUAUCGUGCCUGGUCACAAUCUGGCAGAGGAGGUCUCCGUUCAGGCCUACCUGUGCUCUGAAACCACGCCCCUCACCUGGGUGGGUGGAGCUUCUUUAGAAUAUGUGCAUGAUGAUGCACAGGAUCUGGCUGAGUACAUCGUGAUCCACGGACAUCGUCUGAGCUCCACAGACCACCAGGAGCUGAGCAGCCUCUUCAGUCUGGGCCAGGAGAGAGCUCGCUGGGCGAUGGAUCAUAAAGUGGCUCUGGCCAUGGCCAACCUGGAUAUCCCUCCGAAGUGGAACGUUCUGGGAAGCCAGAGUAGAGAUGACCGUCGUGCCAGAGAGUCCCCCCUCCACCUGGCCGUGCGUUGGGGUCUAUAUCGGCUUGCAGAGCUGCUGCUUUGUCAGCCGGGAGGUCUGAUGGCCGUCAGUCUGCCAAACGAGGACGGAGUCACGCCGCUGCAGCUGGCUCAGAUCACAGGCAACGCCGAGCUCCUGGAACUGCUCACACACCCGCCCAACCCUCUAGCCACACCUCCAGCAGGUCUGUCCCAGGUGUGGGCAGAUCGGUCUCGUUUGCUCAGGUUUUGUCACGACACCGGAAACCUGACUCUAACCAUUCGACAGAACCUGCGUUGGAGCUCAGAGGAGAGCCGGCACGCCGACAUCCUGGUACUCCGAGACCGACUCAGAGAUGAGAACUUCCUCAGAGAGAUUAAGUCACUCAGAAGGGAGCGUGUGGAGACCUUACUGGAAAGAGAAGAACUUGUGGAUGAUCCAGCAGACGACGCUCCGUAUUCUGUCAUGGAUGGAGGACUCUCUCCUGAAGACAACGCUCCCAGUUUCUUCUGCGAGGACUGCGAGGAGCCGCUGAUGUUCGGCCUGAUCGAGGAGUACAGCGAAGACGACUCGUCGCCGACCCGCUCUGGUAAACGCGAGAAAAGUCCGUGCAUCAAGGAGAGCCAGGCCUCGUCCCCAACUCUGGCUGCCGCUGCCAGACUGUCGGCGAUGAUUCAAGGCAAAGACCAAGUGUUCGCCAACGCCAUGCUGGUCGACCAGGUGGAUGACUCUGACAUUAAGUACCGCUCUCCAGGAGAGGAGGAGGAGGUCAGCCCCGCGUCCCCUGUCGGGAUGUCCUGCUGGGAUUCCUUCUCUUCGACGCCCUUUGAUUCGGGGAACUGCUCCCAGAACCGUUCGCCGCUGCAUCGUGGCCCGAGGGGAAGCCAAGGCCCUUUCUCAGACAAUCACAGGGAGGCAAACCCUUGCAUGUCUCCCGCCUCUCCGUCCUUUCCUUCCUCCCCCUUGGCUUCCUCCAGCCGUUUGUUUGAGGGAGCGCAGAGGCGUCAGAUGUGUUCGUCAGUCUCUCCAGGUUUGAGACGCAGAGGAUGCGUCUUGACGGAGGCAAACCGAAGCCUGAGUCCCAGUCUGGAGUGUGACAGCUGGGAGGAGGACAUACUGGGACUUUCGCACCCGUACUCAUCUUUAAAGCAGAGGCCCAUUCUGCGGUCCAGCUCAGGAGAAGAGAGGGUCUCCUUCGACACUUCACCUGAUUUUAACCUCCCACACUCUGACAGCGCCUACAAAUGCAACACGCAUGUGGAGGAUCCGGAGGUCCGCCUGCGCUCCUACUCCUGCUCCUCCCCUACAGCAAAGCCGUCACGGCCGCUGCUUAACCGAGACGCGGCUAUCACCGACCUGGAAGAAGAUGGCCCGUUCGGCAGCAGCGGCCGUUCUCUUCUUCAGGCGUUAUCUCUCUCUAAACCCCUCUCUCGUCUCCACCAAGUUAAGCAGAGAGCACUCAACCUGCCUGAAGCACCAAGAGAAAAGAGGGUUCUGGGUUUCCGUAAGCGGGCCCAGUCAGCAGAGGAGGAGAGCACGGCAUUACUCCAACAUCUCACCCUCACAGAGUUCCUCAAAGAGAUUGAAGAUGAGGAGUGGGAUAGAUUCAUGAUCCCGUCUAAGGUCGAGUCAGAGAAGUACAAAGUGAGCCGAACCUUCAGCUUCCUGAAGAGCAGGAUGUCCAGCACCCGCAGCAAAACCAAGGUGAAAGGGAAGGAGGUGAAAGAGGGGAAGGAGAAGUCAGGAGCGGCGGGUGGGCACCAGUUUGUGUCCGUGUCUGCUCCUUCUCUCUGUGUGGCCUGUGAGAAGUCCGGUUCUGGGAAAGACUCGCUGCAGUGUUCCAACUGCUUCCUGAGUGUCCAUAAAAACUGCAGAGAAUCUGUCUCCGCCUGUGGAAAGAAGCCGCAGGAGAGGAAUGCAGCGCUGAUGAAAAGUAAAACCAUGUCCCUCCCACAGAGCUCUGUGAAGGAAAACUCUUCAGUCUCUGUUUUCUGUUCAUCCUCCUCCUCCUCCUCUGUUUCAACAAUAACCAAAGAAGGGAAAAGAGAAACCAUCUCUUCGUUUUCCAAAACCCAUUCUGUCUCCACAGACAGCAGAGGACUGAGUGAAACAGCGGGGGUGGACGGUGAGUUCAGCGUGACAGCUUGCACUAACAGCUCACCGUCUGAAGAGGGAACACCUGUGACAACAACUCCCACGUCCACCGACCUGCCCAUCAGCACAAAGGCUACAGAUGCUCCUUUAUUGGGUGACCUGUCAGCUGACCUGCUGAGGCUUGAGGCCGAGUCUUGGAGUCUCAUAGUCAGUACAGAGUUCUGCAGACAACACGACAGACGCACCGUUAAACGCCAGAAUGUUAUCUACGAGCUGAUGCAGACAGAACUUCAUCACAUUGAAACUUUGAUGGUCAUGUCGGAGGUGUUCAGGAGAGGCAUGCUGGAAGAGCUGCAGAUGGAUUGGGACUGCGUGGCCCGGAUGUUCCCAUCCUUGGAUCCUCUGCUGCACUUCCACAGGAACUUCUUCAGAGCGCUGCAGGAACGCCGCCAGGCUGCCAUCCAAACAGACGAUUCACAAAAUUACCUCAUCCAUCAGAUUGGAGACAUACUGCUCCAGCAGUUUUCAGGUGAAAAUGCUGAGAGGAUGAAGCAGGCGUACGGCGAAUUCUGCAGUCGCCACAUCGAAGCUGUUAAUGUGUUUAAAGAGCUUCAGCAACAAAACAAGAAGUUCCUAAUCUUUGUCAGGCAACAGAGCAAUAACUCUCUGGUCAAACGAAGAGAAGUGCCGGAGUUCAUCCUGCUGGUCACACAGCGCAUCACCAAGUAUCCCGUCCUCCUGGAGAGGAUAAUACAGUACACUCAGGAAGGAAGUCAGGAACACACUGACUUGUCGAGUGCUUUGGCUCAGAUCCGUGACAUCACUGCAGCCGUAGACCUGACCGUUUACAAGUACGAGCGAUCUCAGGAGCUGCAGGAAGUGCUCGCCAGGCUUGAAACCAAGAGUUUUGCCAAGCUUAAAAACGGCAAGGUGUUCCGUAAACAGGACCUGCACAGCAAACACAGAGAGCUGCAGCACAAAGGCUUGGUCUACUGGAAGACUGCUACAGGACGUCUGAAAGAUACGUUAGCUCUUCUGCUAACAGACGUCCUGGUUUUCCUGCAAGAGAAAGACCAGCGCUUCAUAUUUGCUUCUGUGGACCAGAAGCCUCCAGUAAUCCCCCUGCAGAAACUCAUUGUUAGAGAAGUAGCCAAUGAGGAAAAAGGAAUGUUCCUGAUCUCUGCGUCCUCCCUGGGCCCGGAGAUGUAUGAAGUUCACACCACUACCAAAGAGGAAAGAAAUGCAUGGAUGAGACACAUCCGACAGGCUGUGGAGAGCUGUCCCGAGGAGGAGGAAGAGGAGGAGCGAUGCGCGGAGACCGAGGAAGCCAAGCAAGCUGCAGAAGUGAGAGUUCAGACAAUCAACAAGUUCCAGGAGAAAUUGUUUGGCCAGGACCAGCGAAUCUGCCACAGCCUGGAAGAAAAGUUGCAUCUCUAUGCUGAGCUGACAGAGCUAACCCUCCGUCCAUCAGAACCUGUCUCGCAUCGCCACCUGCUGGUGCAACCUGCUCAGUACAUAGACAGUGAGACGCCGCAUCAGGCAGCGUCGCUGCUCACAGAUGCUCUCAGAGAAGCUGAGAACCUGAUCGCGAUUCUUCAGGCUCGUGGCGACUUUACUGUCCAGAACCAGAACUCUCCUCCUGUCCAAGUUCCCGAGUGCUGCAGCUACAACAGCCGUGGCAGCAGCAUUCAGGGUUCUCCUUCUGAGCCUGAUUAUCUGAGCACACUCAGCAUGAGCUCCGCCUCUCUCGGGUCAGACGGCGAGUUAGCCGGGUUGGAUGUUUCAUGGAGUUCAGCAGUGGAGCUCAGGAGAGGAGACGCCAAAGGGACGAUGCUAAAGGUGGCAGAAAGUGUCCAGAGUCUGACUCAGCUUUUAUAUAGCCUACAGGCAGCUGUGACCCUCCAGGAUAGCUACUACGAAGUCCAUAAACUUCUUCUCCAGGAACGAGAGAGACCUGCGCUUCGGAGCUUCGCCUCCCUCCAAAGCAGCCUGGAACUGGAGAAGCAGAGGAGUAACGACAGGAUGAAAGAGGAAAAAAAGAGUUUGGAGAGGAGGAAAGAGGACGUGGACGAGGUGCAGAAGCUCCAGACGAAACUGAAACAUGAGCAGCAGCGCUGGGAAAAAGAGUGUGUAGCCCGAGAGAAACAACAAACCGAGCAGGAGAACCUGCUGGAGCACCGAGAGCAGCAGUGCCUCCUGGAGGCGGAGCGGCUUCGCUGUGAGCGGGAGGUGCUGGAGGCCCAGCUGCUGGAGUAUCAGCAGAACCUGGACCGGCUGAAGGAGGGUCAGAAGGGUGUGGAGAGGGAGAAGGAGAAGAUCCAAGUCCAACAGAGGCUGCUCCAGGGCUGGAGGCACAGCCGCCAGAGCAGCCUGCCCGUCUCAAUACCACUGGAUGGAUACAAGGUGUCCAAUCACAGCCGCUCAGGAAGCCUGGAUGGAAACUGUUCAGUGUACAAGAAGGAAGCCGCCCUGUUUUCCUCCUCACAGCAGAACCACCUCCACCAGCCCGCAGACUACCAGAACCAGAACCAGCAUGUUCUCAGCACGCAGGGUAAGACCCCGCUGCACGGCUCCAGCCACGCCGCCAACCCCACCCUCAGCGCCAGCCUCUUCAACAGCCUCAACACUCUGCUGAGCCAGUCGCCUCUGUACGGUACCAACCACAGCUGUCCCCGCGCCCCGGCAGAACCCGUCCUCCCGUUCAGCGGCGGCGGCGGCGGCGUCUCGGCCCAGACGCAGAGGAGCAACAGCAAAGACCUCAACCUGCUGCAGGACGCCCAAUCUUCCAGCUUCUGGAGGUCAGAGGUCACAAGUCACAGACUUACCAAGGAACACAACUCUCCGUCUCUGAUGCCCCUCCUGCCGCCUCAGGCUUACCUCUCCCUCGAAGGACAAACCAGAGAAGAGGUUGGAGAGGAGAACAUUGUUUACCUCUGAGACUCGAUAACUGGACACCGAGUCCCUCCGUCGCGUCGUGCGCGUUUGUUUUCAUCGACAGGAUAACGUUACGUUUGGAUAAAAGCCCCGUCUGGACCGCGUCGCACACAGGCGGUCUAUCCAUGUGCCUUAACAGCCCCAUCACACUAGCGUGCCUUUCUUAUUUCAGUUCGUCCUGCUACUAAAAUCCUUGUUGCACUUGCUUGAAGGGAAAAAGGUACAUUUGUGUUAAAAACACUUCAGCCUUAUAAAGAAAUUAGGACAAAAUACCGUUGGAGCACUUAAAACCUCUGAGAAGAGAAUCGAGCGUCGCCCCGGAUGACGUAUUCAGGUUAUUUUUUGCUGUAUUUAAAUAGACGGAAAGCUUUUGAAACACAGAAAUAUACUGAUAUUAGUGUUUAUAUAUAUUUAAUAUAUGUUUAUUUUUAUGAAAAGGCUAAUUAUGCACACAAUGAUGUAAAAUUUAAUCUACCUGCCGUUAUUAAUCUCUAAAAUGCCAAAAAUCCCUCUGAUGCUGUUACUGAUGUGAGACGAUGGUUUCUGUUUGAUGCACUGCCAGCUGGAAUAUUUCGUUAGUCUUGACUUGUGAUCACGUGACUUUAAUGUGCUGUAUUGUUAUUUUUAAUAUUAUUAUUGUGUAUAUAAAUAUACUGUUGCUGAGCA